UCAGCGAAGAAAACCAAACCAGCUCUACCUCAGAUGAACUCCAGUUACCAGCUCUCAAACUCCAACCAGCAAAGCCUCGAAUCAGUCUCCUCCAUCAACAAGCCCGAGUCGUCUUCCUUAUCUGACACGAGCUUCACGACUCAUUGCGACGAAGCGGUGAUACUUGCUUCGAGCAGGCCGAAGAAGCGAGCCGGUAGGCGAGUGUUCAAGGAGACUCGCCACCCGGUCUACCGCGGCGUGAGGCGCAGGAACAAUAACAAGUGGGUGUGCGAGGUUAGGGAGCCGAACAAAAAGACCAGAAUUUGGCUGGGGACGUACCCGACUGUUGAGAUGGCCGCUCGGGCGCACGAUGUGGCGGCAUUGGCCCUUAGGGGGAAGCAGGCAUGCCUCAAUUUCGCUGAUUCGGCUUGGCGGUUGCCCGUUCCGGCUUCCAAAGACCAGCUCGACAUUUGCAGGUCCGCCGCCGAGGCUGCUCAGACAUUUCGGCCUGAGGAAUUCGGCGGCGUCUCAAGCAGCUGCGACGACAACGAGAUGGAACAUGAGAAUGAGAAAAUUGAGAUGGACAGCGAGAAGAAGAAUGAUGGCUUCUACGAGGACGAGGAGAGGGAACACGAGAAUGAGAAGAAGAACGACGGCUUCUACGAGGAUGAAGAGGCGCUCUUCGACAUGCCCAGAUUGCUGACUUGCAUGGCGGAGUGUCCACUGCUCUCUCCGCCUCGUCAUUACUUGGACGGUAUCAACUGGGCAGACUAUCAGGUGGAAAGCGAGUCAAAUUUCAGCUUGUGGAGCUUCUAAGAGAACACGUGUCCGUCAUCAAUAUGGGACAGGUGUCCAGCUUGCUU